UUGGCCCCCGGUUCCCAGCACGUGCUGCUCCCCACGAAAUAGAUGGGAGCUUUUAUUGGGGCAAAAAAAAAAAAAAAAAAAAAAAAACAGCUCCUGAGCAUUUGCUGGUUGCAGUUAACACAUAGAGGAAGCAGUGAUCUUGAACCGACCUGAAUGACGGAACGAAGCUUGGUUGAUUCCUUCCGAGUUACUCAUCCCACAGAUCCAGGCUUCACCUGGUUCUCGGCGCAGAGGACGAGGGACAGCCCUCCGCCCAAGCGGAGGCUUGACCUAAUGCUGACCAAGGGAGCUGCAUGGGACGCCCUGGCCUCGGUCAACUGCGUGAUCGAAACGCUGUCAGACCAUCGUCCCCUGGUGGCUGCCUUUGAACUUGCAAACCAACUGCAGAGGGGGCCAGGCACCUUCCGCCUGAACACGGAACUACUCAACCAACAAGGGAUCCUGGACUGGACAACAGCACACUGGCGGGACUGGCAGCAAACCAAGGGGGAUUUUGAAACGGAGGAACAGUGGCUGCAAAUGGGUUUCAGGGUCACCACCAGAGCCCUCGAUGUCUUUUCAAGAAUCCAGGCCAGAGGAAGAAGGCAGCAGGAACAGAAAUGCAGGGAGAUGAUUGCAGAAGCGGAGGCAGAAUUAGAGAUGCAACCAUUGGCGGAACUUUACUGGCAGCACAGAAGGGACCGCUGGCUCCAGAAACUAGAGGAUAUGCAGGUGGAACAACACGUGAUAUGGGCCCAAAGAGCGCAGGAGAAGGGCCUUAUAACAGCGGACCGCAUGUCCAAAGAAACCUUUCAGCGCAUAUGGCCCCCAAGGCAGAACGCGCUGAUAAGGGAGCUCCACCAUCCUUUCUACGCCGAGGCGCCACCUGCAAAGGACUCCGACUCAAUUGGAGAGUAUGCACUGUGCUACUUCCAAGACAUCCUCACCUCAAUACGAGAACCAGACCUAUCCCCGCAGCAACUUAAGGAGGAGCGUGAUUUGUGGCAACACACGGCGGUGAGACUCCCGCCGGAAGGCUGCCUAAAGUUGGAGGAACCGUUCACGCUUGACGAACUGUGGUCUGCGGUCAAGAGUAUGGCGCACGGUAAGAGCCCAAGAUCAGAUGGACUCCCUGUGGAGUUCUACGAAGCCACAUGGGAAUUUUUGGGCCCGGAGCUGCUGUCCCUAUUCAAUAGAAUCCUGGCUGGAGGUAGCCUAACACACGAUAUGAAGAAGGGCAUCACCACUCUGAUCUACAAGAAGGGAGAUAAAUGCAACAUACGGAAUUGGAGACCCAUAUCCAGGCUGAACGUCUCGUACAAGAUCCUGGCCAAAUUGCUUGCCAGACGACUCAGCCCCUAUUUGCCACUUUUAGUCCAUACAGACGCUGAGAACAUCAUGAUGGCUGUGGGCGCGCUGGAGGUCAUUCAAAGUGAGAAUAGACAGGUUUUGAUUGCAAUGCUGGAUCUCAAGAAGGCGUAUGACCGAGUCAAUUGGUCUUUUGUGCUAGCGACCCUGGAGCAUAUGGGGUUUGGUCCAAGAUUCCAGCAGAUCGUUCGAGAGCUCUACAUCGAUGCGACAGCAACAGUUAAUGUCAACGGCUUCCAGUCCGCCUCCUUUACACUGUCAAGAUCUCUUCGCCAAGGCUGUCCGCUUGCCUCUCUUCUUUUCACACUGCAGAUGGAGGUUCUCCUUAACUCGCUGAGGGCGUCGCCGCGGAUACAAGGCCUGGACUUGGGGAAUGGAGAGCAGAUGAAGACAGGUGCCAUCGCAGAUGACCUACUACUUGUAGUCGAGGCGGUCCCGGAGUCAACACAAGAAGUCAAGACGCUGUUGGACAGCUACGCAACCUUGUCCGAGGCACAGGUCAAUUGGGAGAAAUCUGUCUACUUUCUCCCCGCAGAUUAUGAACUCUCUGGCCAGGACUGGGAUACAAUGGACCAGGACGCAGAAGGGGGUGAACAGGACCAGGCGUCGAGCAUCGAUGGGGCAGAGGAACAACGUAUCCAAACACUGCUCCAGCAGUGUUUUAUUCAGGGCAAUAUUCCGGAUCUGGACCAGUACCUGGAAGUGGACACGGAAGAGGACAGCAUCAACGGCGUGGUUCAUGAAGAUUUCAACAAGAUCCAGAUUCAAUGGCUAAAGGAUCAUACGGUGGUGUUCAUUUUCGGAGGAAAAGCCAAGAACUUGGGAAACAAGGAGAAGUUACAAUUUGUACGAAAUUUAGAGGAUGGACGAUUGAGGCCGGAAUUCAAAGCGUUGGGAAGGGGCUCCACUCACGUGGAGGGUAGAUCAAUGAUUACGUACAUUGCUAGGUCGAUAGAGGCGAAAGAGUCAAUGAUGGGUAGGAAGCCGGAGAUCAACUUCACUUUGGACAGACAGAAAUACAAGGUAAUUAUUCGAUUGUGGCUUCCUAAAAACGAAUGGGAAACGGAAAGAGAGAGGGAGAGGGUGAAAAAUUACUGGGUAAUGGCGGUAAGGUUUCCUCUAUACUCUCUUUCCUUCAUUCGCACCAUGGUGAAAAAGGCGAUAGGACCCAUCGUUAAGGAGUUUGAACCGGUGGAGGACGAAUCGAUGCCUCAUUUGGUUAAUGCUAAAUUCGGUAUCGAUAGAUCGCACGAGUCCAGAUUUAAACCGGUCCUCACACUAAGAGUAGGCCUCGACACACUGUCUGCAGACCUGGUGGCCAAUAUCACACCUUGGUGCAGGACUUGCAGAUGGUACGGUCACUACACCACGGAGUGUCCAGACAAAGAAGAAGAGUCGAAGGAUCAUGCCCCAAGGCGAUCCGAUCGCUCAACGAGGUUCCGCCAAGAGGAGGGUUCAAGCUGGAGACCAAGCGGACCAGUUUCAGAAGUUUCGGGUGGGGAUCUUCGUGCUGGAGUUAACCCCAUCCCACAACCAGGCCAGGCAACAAGGGGAGAGAACGGGAACCGACCCUCGGCACCAGGAGAGACACGCACAAGUCCACCAGUAGCUCAAGGUCAUCCUACGACGACAGCGAAUCACGCGACUCAGGGGCAGUUCCCUGUGCCGUUGCUACGACUAACCCCAUCUGACCCAAACCCACUUGGAGAAGCAAGAGGGAGGGUCUCAUAUGGGGAUAGGGAGGGGCAACAGGUGCCUCCAACAUCGAAUCCUGUCAUGUGCGGGAGAAGAAAUCCGCACUCCGCUACUGUCAAUCAACACUAGAAUACAGAUACCACACCUCGCAAGGGGACAGACUCUAACAGAGGAAAGCACGCUAACAACACCGCCUACAAUGU